UUAUAAUAUUAUAACAUGAGAGACAAAUUACUUGGGGAAAAAACACCGUGGAUGCAGCCUGGGAUUGGAGUAGGUGAUGGAGGGGGUGGCGGUAGAGGAGGAAGAGGAGGAAGAGGUGGAGGAGGAGGAGGAGGAGGAGGAGGAGGGGGUGGUGGUGCAACCCACGUGGCUGGUAUAGCCGACGAUGAGGCACCGAAAGAUCCAGGUGCUCGUAUCACCCACCAAUCCUACACCGAGAAGGAUUACGAAGGUCACCGAGCACACACGGUCUAUGUGGGUGUACAUUUACCCGGAGAGAGAAGACACCGUCGUCAUCAUAAACACCAUCAUUCCCAACGGCAAUCUUAUGGGGAGAGUAACGAUGAUACCGACAACGACAGACCCAACAUUGCAGGACAAUUGGUGAUGAAGCGCAGGUCUCGUCUCGCGAGCAUUUGCGACCCCGACGGCGAGAUGAUAUUCACGCCACCGGCCCAGAGAGUGCAAUUUAUUCUCGGCGAGGAAGUCGGGGACGAUGCUCACGAAUCGCAUCCUCUAUUUUCCGAAAUGGAAGAACUUGUCAAGGAUGGAGAUGAAAUGGAAUGGAAGGAAACCGCUAGGUGGAUCAAAUUUGAGGAAGACGUUGAAGAAGGUGGAAACAGGUGGAGCAAACCACACGUAGCAACGUUAUCGUUACACUCGCUCUUCGAAUUGAGAAGUUUACUUUUGAAUGGAACUGUUAUGCUUGACAUGGAAGCCAACAGUCUCGAACAGAUAACUGAUUUGGCUUUGGAUAACAUGAUCAAUAAAGGUUCACUACCGAUCGAGACUCGAGAAAAGGUAAGAGAAGCACUUUUGGUGAGACAUCGACAUCAGCACGAAAGACGCAAGGACAACAAUAUGUCGAGAUUACCGAUUAUCAGAUCCUUGGCAGAGAUCGGCCGUAAUCAUUCGUCCUCGAAGAAAAACGGCUGUACAUGUGGUAUGCAUGCCUUGUUGACAUCAGAUUUGCAGGAGCGUCGUGAACCCGGGGACGCCUAUGCGCCCUCAGUUGGCCGUAGCAGCAGUUGUCCGAACUCAAACACGGCCCUUCUUUCGAAAGAAGCUAAAGAUCUCAAAGGGCCUUACCUUCUGGUACCAGCCGAAAUCGGCAUACCCCACGUGGUGGGAUUUACGGCGUGGUUCGCCAUGUGUCAGCUGAAAGGACAAGAACCAGGUGCCAACGGAAUCGAUCGAAGUCCUAGCAGCGUUUCGAUCAGCAGAAAUCAUAGUUCUUCCGCUUUGGAAAAUGGGGAUGCCAAUCAUCGGGGUAAUACACAUUUUAUGAGAAAAAUACCAGCGGGGGCGGAAGCCAGUAACAUUCUCGUAGGGGAAGUUGAUUUUCUUGACAAGACCUUGUCCGCCUUCAUACGACUCAGUCAAGCAGGAAUAAUGGGUGAUCUUACGGAGGUACCCGUUCCAACGAGAUUUAUUUUCGUACUUUUAGGACCCAUGGGUGGAAUUUCGGGUUUCCAUGAAAUUGGACGAGCAAUGGCGACGUUAAUGUCCGACGAGGUCUUCCACGAUGUCGCUUACAAGGCCAAAAAUAGGAAUCACCUUCUUGCCGGUAUUGAUGAGUUUCUAGAUGCUGUUACCGUUUUACCACCGGGCGAAUGGGAUCCUACGAUUAGAAUCGAACCGCCAGCUGCCAUUCCGUCGCAAGAAGUUAGGAAAAGACCGAAAGAGGAAAAACCUAAAGAAGAAGUUGACGAAGAAGCCGACGAACAAAAGCAAAGAGAGGAAUCUGGUUUGUCGAGAACUGGAAGAUUAUUUGGUGGGCUGAUAAACGAUAUCAAAAGAAAAGCGCCAUUUUACUUUUCCGAUUUCAAAGACGCUUUAGCAUUGCAAUGCGUCGCAUCCUUCAUUUUCUUAUAUUUUGCCUGUCUGUCGCCUAUCAUCACUUUCGGUGGUCUACUCAGCGAAGCUACGGGAAAAAACAUGGCCGCUAUGGAAUCAUUGGUCUCAGGUUUCGUUUGCGGACUCGGAUACGGAUUUUUCUCCGGACAACCGUUAACCAUUCUUGGAUCAACCGGUCCCGUAUUGGUCUUCGAGACAAUCGUAUUUGAAUUUUGCAAACAAUCCGAUUGGAAUUACAUGUCAUUUCGUUUCUGGAUCGGCACGUGGACCGCCAUCAUUUUGUUAACCCUCGUCGCCCUUGACGCGAGCGCCUUCGUCUGCUACAUAACUCGUUUUACGGAAGAAAAUUUUGCCACCCUCAUCGCUUUCAUUUUUAUUUACAAGGCUGUGGAAAACGUCCUCUCGAUUGGCAAAAAGUAUCCCAUAAAUACUCACGCCAACGAUCACUUGGCUUACGAUUGUUGGUGCAAACCACCGAACGAUAGUUCGCUUUACGGCACUGAGAACGUCAAUUGGACGAAUAUGAAUCGGACUACGUGCCAGAUUUACAAUGGCACGCUGAUGGGAGAUAGUUGUAACAUACAGCAACCUGUACCCGAUGUGUUCCUCAUGUCAAUUAUCCUUUUCAUGGGCACCUUCUUGUUAUCCAUCGAGAUGAAGGACUUUAAGAAUGCUCUUUUCUUUCCAUCUAAGGUCAGACAAGUGGUCAGCGAUUUUGCGGUUAUAAUAGCAAUCUUUUCUAUGUCCUUGUUGGAUCACUUCGUGGGUAUCCCAACGCCAAAGUUAGAAGUACCUGAAGAAUUCAAACCGACCUUGGAUGGCCGGGGAUGGAUGAUUUGGCCUUUUCAGAAUAAUCCAUGGUGGAGCGCCAUCGUGGCUAUUCUACCAGCUCUCUUGGGCACUAUAUUGAUCUUUAUGGAUCAACAGAUCACAGCGGUGAUCGUUAAUAGAAAAGAAAAUAAAUUAAAGAAAGGAUGCGGCUAUCAUCUGGACCUUUUUAUCCUGGCGAUCCUGAUCGAAAUCUGUUCGGUUAUGGGAUUACCAUGGUUCGUAGCUGCCACGGUGCUUUCGAUAAAUCACGUUAACUCGUUGAAAUUGGAAUCGGAGUGCGCGGCACCAGGGGAAAAACCACAAUUUUUAGGUGUCAGAGAACAGAGAGUUACGCACAUACUGAUCUUCUUAAUGAUCGGUUGCUCCGUUUUACUGACGCCAAUGUUAAGACACAUACCAAUGCCAGUACUGUUCGGUGUCUUCCUUUAUAUGGGUGUUGCGUCUUUAAAAGGAUUACAAUUCUUCGAUAGAAUACUCAUCAUGCUUAUGCCGGUGAAGUACCAACCAGAUUAUAUGUUCCUUCGGCAGGUGCCAUUAAAACGCGUCCACAUUUUCACGGCUAUACAAUUGACUUGUCUGGCGUGUCUUUGGAUCAUCAAAUCGUUUAGCACCACAUCCAUUUUAUUCCCAUUGAUGCUCGUGGUGAUGAUCGGAAUUCGAAAAUCUUUGGAUUUCGUUUUUACUCAACGCGAAUUGAAGAUACUCGACGACGUGAUGCCGGAACCAAGCAAGAAACAUGCCGACGAUCUUCGCCAAUUGGAAAGCGGCGAGGAACAUCCAAAUUAUCCAAUCGGUUAUGGACCACCGGAAAAUAUUCAAAUAUCUUUGGCGAAUGGAAAUAUUAUGAAGAUUCCACUGGCUAGCAUCAAUAUCAGCGAGGAAGUUAAUAAAACUGGAAUUUGGCAACAAGUUAAUGAAAGUAACGAGAAAAAAAAACCUAAACAAUCUAAAUUAAUGAACGUAAGCAAAUCGAAGAAACACUCAAAGAAGGAGGGCUCGUUGCUGGUCGAUGAGACAACAAGGCUGACAACUAUGACCGAGGAGGAGGAGGAUGACACUGGCAUAUCGAUCAAGGUAGAUCUGAUAAGAUCGAAGGAGAGUAUCGGCCCAGUGAAAGUAAAUGGCACUACAUCGGCAGAAACAUCUGUUUAACGAUUACGAUAUAAAUCAAUUAUGUUUUUGUUUUAAAUUCGCAUAAUCAAAAAGUAUAUUAUUAUAUAUACCACAUACAUAAUAUUUGCGUAAUUUCGUAAAAUUUGGUAAAAUUUAAAAACAAAGUAUAAGAGAGAAAAGAAGGGGGAGGGGGAGGGGAGGGGGGAAAAAAAAAAGAAAAAAAAAAAAAGUGUAAUUAUUUUUCAGGUGAAAAUGAUUUUUUAUAUGAUACGAAUAGAUAAGAUCAAAAAUUGUACUAUCAGUUUGCAUUUUGAAUAUAACAAAUUUUCACACGCAAGUAUAAUACGCAUAUAAACGGUACGACGAACCUCGCGAAUUGUAUAACUGAAAUAUAUUGCCUUAGUUUAUAAUUCAAAGUUAAUCAAAAAAAUUCAUUUUAUAAGAGAGAACGUCGAUCAACAUACAAUCGUACGUUAUUACAUAGAAAAUCUAUCGUUUAUUUUAUACGAGAUAUUAAUUCAAGAAGAAUUUUUUCUUAUCGUAAAAAUGUCGUUUCUCGUGUUUUUGAAUGAAAUAAUUCAAGAAAUUUAGAAUCUCAUUUCUAUAAACAAAAAAUAAUAAAAGAAAGAGAAACUAAAAUGAAACAUUUUUGCAAUAGUAUUUACAUAUUACAUACGCGUAUGAUUGCAUUAUUCAUUGUAUACAAAUUACAAGCAUAGAAUAUAUAUAUACAUAUGUGCCGAUUAAUUAUGACAGUGGGACUGAAUUAAUGGAAAAUUGUUUAAAAAUAUAUUUUAUGAUUUAUUUUAUAAUAUAUAAGUAAUUUUCAAUAUAUGAAAUAAAUCGUAGAAUGUAUUUUUUCAAAUUGUUAACAUUACCGUUAGUCCACAGUCAUAAUUAUAAGUACAUAAUUACCGGUAAGUACUAUAGUACAUACAUACAUACAUGAGAAUACGCAAAAAUAAAUCCAUAUAUAAUUCGUUGAUAAACCGACAAUACUUAUGCUUCUUUUCGUGUUAUACACCACGAUAAGAUUUUAUCGAAGUUGAUCAAGAGAUUAGGUUGAUAGAAGAAAAAUGUGAUGUUAUUGUUAGACAACAGUCUGUUUUUUAAAACUGUGUGCAAUUAAUGAGAGAAAAAGAAAGAAAAUGGAACAUGGACAGUUUUGUUUUGAUUGUUAGUUAGUGCGAAUAAGAAUAAUCUUCUAUUUGAUAAAUCGAUUGAUUCAUGAUCCCAAAAUACCGAUGAUUAACGUUUAGAGUUAUUCACAUUUUAGAAACAUACUUAGAACAAUUUUACGAUUUAAGAGGCUGAAUGUAUAUAGUAUAUAUGUAUGAAUAAUAAAACAAAAGAAAAAAAAAAAAUGUUGAGAGAAUGUAAAAAUGCAGCGUUCAAAGAAACGCAAUUCCAUACAAUCGAUGUAUUCAUAUUUGUCCUAGUUAUUUAUAAAUUCUGUUCUGAA